AUGCUUAAAUUUGUCAUCAUCGCCUGUCUGGGCCUUAUCCAAGUCCAGGCUGAACCUCCUUCUUCAAACUAUGGAGCUCCUUCCAGAGGCGGUGGGGGUGGUGGAAGUGGUGGAUACUCCGGAGGGGGUGGUAGUGGGGGUGGGGGUGGUGGGUACUCUGGUGGGGGCGGUGGUGGUGGCGGGGGGUUCAGUGGGAGUAGCAGCGGCGGCGGUGGAGGAGGUGAAGAACAAACCAAUGAAGGAGCAUCGAUCGUAGAUGAAGCUCUUCUUCAACGAGUUGCUCAAAUUCUUGCUCAAGGAGGAAGUGGGGGUGGUGGCGGAGGUGGUGGUGGAGGAAGUGGAGGAGGUGGUGGGUACUCUGCCCCCGCCGCGCAACCCCAAAGUGGUUAUGGAGCUCCAUCCCGAGGUGGUGGUGGUGGUGGCUCAUCAGGCGGGUAUUCUGGUGGUGGUGGUGGUGGUGGCUCAUCAGGAGGGUAUUCUGCCCCCGCCCCACAACCCCAAAGUGGGUACGGAGCCCCUCAACAGCGACAAGGUGGUGGAGGUGGUGGUGGCGUUGAACUAGGUCGCCCAGAAAUGGCUCGACUCGUAGGCUCGUUUACCGAGCAGGGUCAGUCUUCAGGCCAGGGACGAAGCAGUGGAGGUUAUGGUGCUCCCCCAAGCCAAGGUCCGUCCAGUUCCUACGGAGCCCCAGCCCCUCAACCUCAACCUGCCCGAGGAGGAUACCAGUAAAGAGAGAGCGAGUGGCCCAACCAAAUUGCGUAACUCUCUAACAUACAUAAACAUGCACAAUAAUUUAAAUUGUAAUGAGAUCCAGCAGAGUGAACUGAUUCAACUCCGAUGAGCAUAUUGUUAUUAGAAAGCGAAAGUCGUACUAUUUUUGUUUAAUGUAAAUUUACGCACCAAUUCUUCCCUAAUUUAUUUUUUUAUAUGGCUCAACCACGCAAAGAGAUUAAAGAAUUGUAACAAAUUCCAACUGUGAUUUUGUCACUUGUUAUUUGUGUUUUUAAUAAAUUUUAUCUGUGUAUCACACAUGCUGAGAUUUGCAUAA